UCCAAACUCUUAAAAAAAGAAGAGAGACCGAGGCAGAUGGGGACGGAAUUAAAGAAGAGCUUCAGUUGGGAGAUAGACAACUUCUCGGACAUAAACAAAGUGAUACGGUCGGGGCUUUACUCAAGCGGCGGCGGCUGUCAAUGGUUUCUUCAACUCUAUCCCAAGGGAUACGGUGUUUCUGAUCACGUGUCCCUGGCUCUGAGCGCAUAUAAGCCUGAAUCAUUGAGACUUGGAUGGAAAAGGAAAAUUAACCUUUUCUUCGUUUUCCUGAAUCAAUCCGGCAAAGAGCUCUGCAGAUCUAAUGAUGAGUGCAGAGACUUACUCUUCUGCGCUGAGGUCCCUCGCUGGAUAUUCCUUAGGACGUUGCCUCUUACCAAGCUUCAACAAAAAGGGUUUCUCAAGAAUAACAAACUAACGAUUAAAUUCAACAUUGAAGUUACUAAAGUUGUUCAUCAGGGAAAAUCUACUAAGAAUGAUAUAUUCGAAUUCAAUGGUGUCCACAUCCUUGUUUCUCAAGCAGUUUCAAAGGCCAAGAUUUGCCGGAAUCACCCCGGCUUUUUCAACGAUUUCUACCCAAAGACCAAGGAGGUGAAUGCUGUAUACUUCACUCUCUUCUUCUCCCUCAUCGAGACACUGAGCAAGUCUCCACGGAGCUUGUCUGUGACUGAACUAAGAAAUGCUCAAAACCAAUUGACUGUGCUGACCAAGGCAGGCUUUAAGCUAGACUUUUUGAAGUCAAAGCUCAAUAAGGCUUCCUCUGGUUGUCAGGUCCAAAACCUCCUCGGGGAACAGAUCAAGAAUGUGAAACUGACUUUGUCCAAGGAGAAGAUCAAAUAUGCGGCUGCUGCUAAAGUUUCUUCCUUUGGGUUCAUAGGUUUUUUUUUUAAGAAAUUUUUUCUCCCUUGUUUCUCAUCAGUAUGAAAACACCAACUAUGCUUGUUUUAUGGGAGGAACUCAUUUGCGUGGACAUCAUCGUGGUCACAUUAAGCAUAAAUGAGGAGGACACUAAAAUUUUAUUUACA